UUAAAUUUCCUUCUUUGGAGCCACUGUUUCUUCCCCAAAAUCUUUCACCUUUUCCGUUGGUUGAUACCCUGCGGCUGAAUUGAUUUUCCUUUAGAGACAGAGAGAGGGUUGCGCAUUGUUUCUUCAAUCACUACCACACACAGUUGCCUCUGUUUUCUGUUGUUAAAUCUUCUUCUUUUUAGAGGGAAAGAGAGAAGAAGAUACUUCUGUAUCGUUUUUUAUUUAUUUCUUUUUCAUACUUCUAUGACUGAAGAGUUUCCUUACUGCAUUGUUUUGAUUUCCUUCAUCUUGAAUGCCUGUAUUGAACAGAUAUGGAACCAACUACCCUGGAAAUUGGCAUGUCCCAGCAACCAUCCCUUGAUACCCUCUCUUUUGCCAGAAGUUAUCAGAUCGAGGCACUGGAAAAGGCGAUUAAGCAUAACACAAUUGUGUUCUUGGAGACUGGCUCUGGCAAGACCUUGAUUGCCAUCAUGCUUCUUCGCAACUAUGCUUAUCUUAUUCGCAAGCCUUCACCUUUCAUUGCUAUCUUCUUGGUUCCCCAAGUUGUCUUGGUUCGCCAACAAGCUGCAGCAUUAGAAAUGCACUGUGACUUGAAAGUGGGAAUGUAUUGGGGAGAUAUGGGGGUCGACUACUGGGAUGCUGCUAUGUGGAAUCAGGAACUAAGCGGAAAAGAGGUACUUGUGAUGACACCACAAAUUUUGCUUAGUGGCCUGAGGCAUAGCUUCUUCAAACUAGACAUGAUAAAGGUUUUAAUCAUGGAUGAGUGCCAUCAUGCAAGGGGUAAACACCCCUAUGCGUGCAUUUUGACGGAGUUCUAUCACCCUCUUUUGAGGUCUCAUAACUCAUAUCUUCCAAGGAUAUUUGGGAUGACAGCUUCUCCUAUAAAAUCAAAAUGUGAACCUUCCGAGAUAAGUUAUUGGCAAAAAAUUAAUGAGCUUGAGACAAUAAUGAAUUCAAAGGUUUACACAUGUCACAAUGAAUCUGUGCUUGCUGAAUUUGUACCAUUUUCAACCCCAAAAUUCAAGAUUUACAAGCGCAUGGGAGUUCCUUCUGCAUUAUCUGAAAAUUUAAUGGAGAAAUUGCAGAUCUUGGAAAAAAAGCAUGAAAGCUCAUUGAGGAAUUUGGAUCUACGUCAAUCUACUGUGUUAUCUAUGGUCAAGAAAAUUUCAAAGAUACGCUCGAAUUUGGCAUAUUGUUUGCUGGAUCUUGGUGUUUGGUUGGCUUUGAAGGCUGCAGAGUCAUUGUCUUGCUAUAAAAGUGACUUUUUUUCUUGGGGCAAAUUAGAUGUUUUUGGUGAAGCAACUCUUAAAAAAUUUAGCCUGGAAGCUUCUCAGACAUUGGCAACUUAUAUACCACCUGGUCUUAACUGGUCUAUUGGUGAUAAUAUUGAAUCCAGCUUGGAUGCAGGCCUUUUAACUACAAAAGUUAGGUGCCUUAUCGAAUGUCUCCUUGAAUACAGGUUGGAAUUAGACGACAUAAGAUGCAUAGUUUUUGUGGAAAGGGUCAUUGCAGCCGUUGUUCUUCAAUGUCUAUUGGAUGAGUUGCUUCCAAAGUACUGUAGCUGGAAGACCAAGUACAUUGCAGGAAACAACUCCAGUAUGCAAGUCCAGACAAGGAGAAAACAACAUGAAAUUGUGGAAGAAUUCCGUAAAGGAAUGGUGAAUAUUAUUGUGGCAACAUCAAUUCUCGAGGAGGGUCUGGAUGUUCAAAGUUGCAACUUGGUCCUUAGAUUUGAUCCGUCAGCCACAGUUAGCAGUUUCAUACAGUCCAGAGGUCGAGCUAGGAUGCAGAAUUCAGAUUAUGUCUUAAUGUUGGAGAGCGAGGAUUUGUCAACACAUUCUCGAAUGAAGAAUUAUCUUGCUAGUGGAGACAUAAUGAGAAAGGAGUCCCUACGCCAUGCUCAUGAUCCUUGCCCAUCUCUCAAAAGUGAUCAAUUCGAUGAGGAGUUUUAUCGCGUUGAAAGCACUGGAGCUAUUGUAACCCUAACUUCAAGUGUUGGGUUGAUUUACUUCUAUUGCUCACGGCUCCCUUCUGAUGGAUAUUAUAAACCUGCUCCAAGGUGUGAGAUAGACAAGGAGAUGGAGACUUGUGUUUUGCAUCUUCCCAAGACUUGCCCAAUUCGAGCAGUUACUGCACAGGGUGACGUAAAACUUCUCAAGAAAAAGGCAUGCCUUGAAGCAUGCAAGCAGCUCCAUCACGUGGGUGCUUUAACGGACAACCUUGUUCCUGAUAUUGUAGUUGAAGAAGCUGUCGCACAAGGACUUGGACUUGAGCCUUACAAUGACGAACAGCACUGUUAUUUCCCAUCUGACCUGGUCAAUCAGGAUCCAUGCAACUCGAAGAAAAAAUAUCACUGUUACUUGAUCAAGUUAAAGCAGAACUUCACUCAUGAUAUUUCUGUUCACGAUGUCAUGCUCGUAAUGGGAAGUGAACUUGAGGCUGAUGUUGGAGGUAUAAAUUUCCCUUUAGAAGCUAAUAGAGGUGUGCUGACAGUGACUUUAAUGUAUGUCGGGGUUAUACAACUUACCCCAGAGCAGAUUGUUAUGUGUAGACGGUUUCAGGUCACUCUUUUCAGGGUUCUCAUGGAUCAUAAUCUGAAUAAAUUAAUGAAGAUGAGUGAUUUUCAGUUGGGGAAUGAUCUUGAAGUUGAUUAUUUUCUUCUCCCAUCUAUCUGCAAGGGUAACAGAUCUAUGAUUGAUUGGUCAACUAUCAGAUCUGUAUGGUUCUCCUAUGCAAAUACUUGGAAGGACCACUUGAACUGUCCCCAUAAGGGUAAUGUUCAUGUCAUACGGACCCAAAGUGGUCCGGUAUGCUCAUGCAUGAUAGAGAAUUCUUUGGUCCACACACCUCACAAUGGCCACCUAUAUUGCAUCAAUGGUUUUUUAAAGGACGUGAAUGCAAACUCAAUUUUUACUUUGAAGGAUGGAGACAAGAUCACGUACGAACAAUACUAUAAAGAUCGGUGUGGCAUCGAGUUAUGUUUUAACCACCAAUCGUUUCUCAAUGGGCGACACAUUUUGACUGUGCCAAAUUACCUUGAUAGGAACAGAAAACAAAAAGAGAAAGAAUCUAGAAAUGCGUCUGUUGAGUUGCCUCCUGAACUUUGCCACAUCAUCAUGUCCCCAAUAUCAAUCAGUACAUUUUAUUCUUUCUCAUUUGUUCCAUCAAUCAUGCAUCGGCUUGAGUCUUUGCUCAUCGCCGUCAACUUAAAGAAGAUGCAUCGGGAUCAUAGCUCUCAAAACAUCAGUAUUCCAACUAUCAAGAUUUUGGAAGCAAUCACUACAAACAGUUGCCGAGAAAAGUUUAAUUUAGAAUCACUGGAAACUCUCGGGGACUCUUUUCUCAAGUAUGUCACAUGCCAACAGUUAUUUAAAACCUAUCCAAACCAUCAUGAAGGCCUUCUUAGUGUUAAGAAGGAUACAAUUAUCUCCAACGUUGCACUUUGCAAGCUGGGAUGUGAUCGCAAACUUCCGGGCUUUAUUCGUAAUGAGUCCUUCGAGCCGAAGAAGUGGAUGAUUCCUGGAGAUAAGUCUGAAAGUGUUACUCUAGAGGAGGAUAUUCUUUCUAAUAACAUAAAGAUAUUUAGUACAGGACGUCGAAGCAUUAAAAGUAAGACAGUUGCUGAUGUCGUCGAGGCACUUAUUGGAGCCUACCUGAGCACAAAUGGAGAAAUAGCGGCGUUAUUGUUCAUGGAUUGGAUUGGAAUUAAGGCUGAUUUUAUUAAUGUGCCAUGCGAUAGACCAUUAAUACUCAACCCAGAGAGAAUGGUUAAUGUUCACUGCUUAGAGUCUCUCCUCAACUAUUCAUUCAAUGACCGAUCUCUGUUAGUGGAGGCGUUGACCCAUGGUUCUUACAUGCUUCCGGAGAUUCCAACAUGUUACCAGCGACUUGAAUUUCUUGGAGACUCGGUGUUAGACUACUUAAUCACCUUACAUCUGUUUUGUAAAAAUCCGGGGAUGUCCCCCGGAUUGUUGACAGACAUGAGGUCUGCUUCUGUGAACAAUGAUUGUUAUGCACGAUCUGCUGUUAAAUUUGGCUUACAUAAACACAUCCUACAUGCGUCCCCUGAACUCCAUAAGCAUAUUAUUGAGACUGUUAGCAACUUUGAACAACUAUCUUCUGGGUUGACGUAUGGAUGGGAAUCUGAGACAUCUUUUCCCAAGGUUCUGGGUGAUGUUAUAGAGUCUCUGGCAGGUGCAAUCCUCAUUGAUUCAUGUUACAACAAGGAGAUUGUCUUCAAGAGUAUAAGGCCACUUUUGGAGCCAAUGAUUACUCCUGAGACAGUGAGGUUACAUCCUGUGAGAGAGCUUAAUGAACUGUGCCAGAAAGAACAUUUUGAACAGAGAGAACCGGUUGUGAAUCGUAACAAUGGGGUGGCUUCCAUUACAAUAGAGGUGGAAGCUAAUGGUAAAAUAUUCAAGCACACUGCCACAGCUUCUGAUAAGAAGAUGGCGAAGAAGUUGGCAUGUAAAGAAGUUUUGAAGAGUCUGAAGGAGAGCAUGACACAGUAGAAGAAAAAUUCAUAUAUGUAUACGCUUGGUUGGAAUUGCAUGGUAUCAGUGCAACAAAGUAGUUAGAAGUCAAGUGGUUUUUUGAAUAUGUAACUUUACGAGUGAAUAUUAUUGAGAUUUUUAAUACAAAUAUCCGGAAAGAUUCUUGCAACGUUCA